UGUGUGACACAUUCCUGCGCUCAAACCUGCGACACCACCUGGAAACUGUGAACUUAAUAAGAAGCGGACACGAACGUCACGGAGCAAGUUUCAUCUACCAGUUAAAGAGGUGGUUGCUAAGACAUGACAGUCGGUGACAUUGAUGAAAGCCUCGGCUGCGCAGCAGGCUGAAGCUCCACAUCUCUGCUCACGCUUUCCUCCUUCCUUCAGCUCGUAGCGUGCUCACGUGAAGGACAAAAACUCCUUUUUUUUUUUUGUUGAUACACGCGCCAAAAACCAUGGCAGCUUUUCCUGCRGCCGCCGCCAACACCAAAGACAAUACCUCACCUAAAAAAGCAUGGCAAAAGCAAGAGGGCAACGACAAAAAGAGUGCACACGAGAGUGACCUGAAAAGGAGCGGGAACAAGGAUGUGGGACAGAACACCAUCCUGGAGAAAACCCACGAGUUCUUCCAGAUGUGCGACAUCGAAAACAAGGGUUUCAUCACCCGGCGGGACAUGCAGAGACUAAAUGGUGAGCUUCCUCUUAGUGCUGAGGAGUUGGAGGACGUAUUUGAUACCCUCGACUCUGACAGUAAUGGAUACCUCACCCUCGACGAGUUCUCCUCAGGCUUUAGUGUAUUUCUGUUUGGCCGGAGGAUUUCUGUAGAAGAAGGCAUGUGGGAGAAAAAUCCCAGUAAGUCUCAGCCAGAAGUCCUUUACCAGUCCCAGUGGGAGGAGGACGCGCCAAAGGCAGAUGAAGAUGAAGACAAGAGCGAGGAAGAAAAGCACUUCUGCAUGCUUAUGGACAACCUCGGAGCCAAUAGCAUUUUUGAAAAUCCUGCUGAGGUGCGCGAUCUGUGGGCCCAGCUCCGGCGGGACGAACCACAGCUUCUGUCAACGUUUGAGCACUUUCUGGCCAGAGUGACAUCACAAAUCAUGGAGGCCAACCAGGAAAAGAGGGAGAUGGAAAGUGCUCUCAAAAGGAAAGCCGCAACACAUGAUGAUGAAAUCCAACGCCUGUAUGAAGAAAUGGAGCAACAAAUAAAAAGCGAAAAAGACAGGAUUGUACUGCAGGACUAUGAGCGAUUUCUGUCUCAGAGUAAAGACCUGGAGCUGCAGCUGUCCUGUAAGGAGAAGGAGGUAGACCAGCUCUUCCAAAAACAGAGACGGUUGGAGUGUCAGUGCCAGGAACUUCAUAGUGAGCAACAUGUGACCAGAGUGGAGAAUGUGAAGCUGAAACAGACAAACGAUGAGUUGGCUCGAGAGCUGGAGCURGUCAGCCAAGAACUGACUCUGACUCAGGAGCAGCUGAGCCUACUGCAGGAAGAGUCCACACGACUUUAUGAAGAGAAGGAAAUGGAGAUAUACAGGCUUACUGAGGGACUGCAGAGGGAGCGAGCAAGUCUUCUGAAACAGUUGGACCUGUUAAGAGAAAUGAACAAACAUUUGCGAGAUGAAAGAGACAUGUGCUAUCAGAAACCAAAGAAUAAUAAAACACCAGCUUUGAAGCAGAGGCUURCCAUUGAUGGUGUGAAACACUCAACCCCAGAUGUCUUCAAGAGUGAAGCUGAAGAGGAGCUGACCUCCAUCUCUAGGAGGCUGAGCUUCAUUAAUGGGACAUACCAGUCGUCUUUCCCAGCAGAGGCCAGCGGYCACCUCCGAAGGAUCAUUUCAAUUGAGGAAGACCACCUCCCCCAUUUACUGAAUGGCUCUCAGGCCCAGAAUCCACUUCAAAAGUGUACUGAAGGAGGGGAGGACUCAGACAAUGAAGAUAAUACAGACUUUGUGACAAAUUAUCGUAAGACAUCACUUUCCCAUCAGCAACAGUCAGCAAACAGUGRGGAGGAAACACAGAUUCCAACAUCUCCAAGAGGUCAACCUGUUGGCAAAGAAACCAGCAUAAAUGAGGAAAGUGGUCCCUCUGCACCCGAUCGCCUCUUCAAGAUCAUCCUGGUGGGGAACUCCAGUGUUGGAAAGACCUCGCUCCUUCAAAGGUUCUGUGAUGACCGCUUCCACUCAGGCACUUCAGCCACUGUCGGUAUAGACUACAGUGUCAAAACAAUAACUGUGGACAACAGCAAGGUGGCGCUGCAGAUGUGGGAUACAGCAGGACAGGAGCGGUAUCGAAGCAUCACCAAGCAGUUUUUUCGCAAAGCUGAUGGUGUGAUUGUGAUGUACGAAAUAACCUCUCAGGAAAGUUUCACAGCUGUCAGACAGUGGCUGACGAGUGUCAAGGAAAGUGCAGGUGAGGACAUACCCAUCAUGCUUUUGGGAAACAAAACAGACAAAGAAACUGAGAGAGAAGUUCAGAAGGAAGUGGGUGAAAGAUUAGCCAAGAACUGUCAGAUGAUCUUCUAUGAAUGCAGUGCAUGCUCUGGAUGCAAUGUACUGGAAUCUAUGGUGUCUAUGGCCAGAAUUCUGAAAGACCAGGAGGACCGAGAGAAAGAGAAGACCAUCAAACUGGUCAGUAACCCCUCAAAGAAGGGGUCCUGCUGCUAAACGAUGAACACUUGGAGUACAGUAACAACGUAACACUACUCUUUACCAAGUUACCAUACGUGAUCAUGUCAGCACACAUACCUGUGGAAACACAUUAUUAUGUCUGCACAACUCUUCUUUGUUCUCCUUUUCUUUAACUCUAAUGAAAAUCAUCUUCCAGAUGUWAUCUGCACUUUUUAAAAGCUUCUAUCAAUAUGAGGGCAUCAAAUAAUAAACAGACAAGUAACCAACAAUUUACAAAAUUAAACGGUACGUUUGACUCAAAUUCAACAAUUUUACUUCCUUAAAAAAAAUCUACUAUAGUUUCUUCACUCAAACUCGAACAAUUAUUACAACUAUUUAUUCAGCCUGCAGAGGCCUUUACCUAUUCYUUUUGUGCCAUUUUAUGUGACAUUAAUAUUAAUUGUAAAGUUUGUUAGUUUUUAAAUCUUAUUUCACUUUCUGUACAUAUAUGUAGACAAAACAAAACCAGUUUCUUGUAUUAAAUCGUAAAACUUAAGUAAUGGUCAGUUUUAGUUGACAUGUUAAUUGAACUUGAAGAAUUGUGACAUUUGUUACACAGGAAAGUAACAAUGCAUUAUUAAAAAAGUAGCACGCAACAAUGUAUAGAAGUACUUUUAAUGGAUAAUAUUGUGUGGCCAUGUGUAUAUAAAGUUUUGUUUUGUUUCUGUAGUUGGUUCCUUUUGGAUGAAGCAGAAUAAUUAGCCGGAGCGUUCGAUCAGGUUUGAUGUCGUUUUUAAUCGGAGCUCAAAGGUUAGAAUAAAUGUUUUGUAUCACCCUGAUCUGUCAUGAUGCCAAGUAUUUUAUGAAAAUUACACUUUUUUCUGUAAUCGGUUUAAGAAAAUCGACUGGAAUUGGUAAAAAGAAAAUAAAAUGUAACUUAUUUUAUUUGUUGGUCACUAAUGGUGCUUCACUACUACUUGUAUUUUUCACCUCUUUAUUGUCUUUAUAUAAAUGUGAAUUGAAAUAAAAGUAAUGUGUACAUAAUGUAA